UAACAUUUUGUGAUUAAUAAUCUAGUUUGAAAGGUGUAAAGUAUCUGUGCACAUUUACCGGGCAUGCUGAUUAAUUCCCAUUUAAAUAAAAAUCUGAGCUUUCCCAUCUUUAAUGGGCAUAAAGAUCACAGUUUAACAGGCUUCUAUUCACAGCGGAAGGCAUGCAGUCUACUGGAAACAACAAAGUUUACUUUUUGUUUCAUUCCAUAGAACAUGGAUCAUAGAGAAUUACAGGAUCCAGAAAACAGUAAUAAAAAUGUAAGAGACAUUUCAUCUGGACAUGCCCGUCACAUAAAACAGAGAAAAACAUCCAUUUUUUGGACAGGGGCUGUAGUUGCUCUUCUGCUGGCUUUGAGUUUUGGGUUUGCGUUCAAAGAUUCAUAUAGGAUUCAAUUGCUGAAAUUGGCUAUCAGGGGGUUUUACUUUUCACCAAAGCAGAUUUUAUCUGAUUUUGCUUUUAACAGGUUAGGGUUUUGGAAAAAUGAAGAAAGACAACCUCAAGGGCAAGUAUUUCCAUAUUGGGUGUUGUGGAUGGCACCUAUUCUGUCUGGGGGUGGGUAUAGUUCGGAAGCUUGGUCUUAUGUGGAAGCACUUGACGCAAGUAAGAGUGUACCUAGGUUAAGGAUACUGCAACAUGGGGAUUUAGAAAAUCUUGCAUUUUGGACUGGUUUACCUGAUGAUAUGAAGGCCCUUGCAAUGAAAUUGUAUGGAGGGGAUUUUCAAUUGAAUGAGACUGUUGUCAUAUGCCACAGCGAGCCUGGUGCAUGGUAUCCACCUCUGUUUGAAACAACCCCGUGUCCUCCCAAUGGAUACAAUGAGCCUUUCCAUGUUAUCGGUCGAACCAUGUUUGAAACAGACAGGGUUAGUGAUGAGCAUGUGAGGCGGUGUAAUAAAAUGGAUUCAGUUUGGGUGCCUACUGAUUUUCAUGUUCAGACAUUUAUAAAGAGUGGGGUUGAUUCAUCCAAAGUUGUGAAGAUAGUUCAGGCAGUGGAUGUUGAUUUCUUCAAUCCUGAGAGGUGGAAACCGUUGCCAUUGCCAGCUGAUGGACGCCUGUUUGGUCCCAAGCAUUCAAAAGAGGUCAAGUUCUUGCCCAAAUCAGCUUUUGUCUUUAUAAGUAUCUUCAAAUGGGAAUGGCGGAAGGGCUGGGAUGUUUUACUUAAAGCAUACUUGCAGGAAUUCUCUGCAGAUGAUAAUGUUGUUUUAUACAUCUUGACAAAGCCAUAUCACAGUGACAGAGCCUUUGAUGACAAGCUUAAAGACUUUGUCAAGAGCUCAGGUUUGCAAGAACCUUCUAGGGGUUGGGCAGCUGUUUAUUUAAGCGAUGCCCAUGUACCUCAGCGGGAACUUCCUAGACUUUACAAAGCAGCUUCAGCAUUUGUGCUGCCAUCCAGAGGAGAAGGUUGGGGCCGGCCGCAUGUUGAGGCAAUGGCUAUGUCUUUGCCUGUCAUUGCCACAAAUUGGUCGGGUCCAACAGAAUACAUGACAGAUUAUAACAGUUAUCCAUUGCCUUUGGAUGGAAUGAGUGAAGUCAAGGAGGGACCUUUUAAGGGGCAUUUUUGGGCAGAACCCUCUUCUAGCCAGCUUAGGCUCAUAUUGCGACAUGUUUUUUCUAGUCCAGUAGAGGCAAAGUUAAAGGGCAUUCAAGCCCGGUUGGACAUGGUAUCAAAGUUUUCCCCUGCAGUUGUUGUGAAGCAAGUUCUCCAUCAACUUUUGCAGAUUCACAAUUUAGAUCAAGAAAGCACAUAAUGGCAGCUUUCACUGAGUGUAUAUGUAUUUUUCAUCAUUUAUUAAAUACAAAAUGAAAUGAAAAUUUCCUUU